AGCCCAGCUGACAAUGUGCCUCCGUGCUAUCAUUAAACAUGACUUUCCUGGCCAUUGGACAGCCGUGGUAGACAAGAUAGGCUACUACUUGCAGUCUCAGAACAGUGGGAGCUGGCUUGGGAGCCUCCUGUGUCUGUAUCAGCUGGUGAAGACUUACGAAUACAAAAAAGCAGAGGAGCGAGAUCCUCUCAUAGCAGCAAUGCAAAUAUUUUUGCCUCGGAUUCAGCAGCAGAUGAUCCAGCUUCUGCCUGAUAACUCCCAUUACUCUGUACUGCUUCAGAAACAAAUCUUAAAAAUCUUCUAUGCUCUUGUUCAGUACGCAUUGCCGCUCCAGUUGGUGAAUAACCAGACUAUGACUCAGUGGAUGGAGAUCUUCCGUACUAUCAUUGACAGAAACGUACCUCCAGAGACUUUGCAAAUUGAUGAAGAUGAUAGACCAGAGCUGGUGUGGUGGAAGUGCAAGAAGUGGGCAUUGCAUAUUGUAGCUCGUCUUUUUGAACGGUAUGGAAGUCCUGGAAAUGUAACUAAAGAAUACUUUGAAUUUUCAGAGUUUUUUUUAAAAACCUACGCUGUGGGCAUACAACAGGUUCUCUUAAGAAUCUUAGACCAGUACAGGCAAAAAGACUAUGUUGCGCCACGUGUUCUUCAGCAAACGUUAAAUUAUCUGAACCAAGGGGUUAUUCACUCUGUAACAUGGAAGCAAAUGAAGCCACACAUACAGAGUAUAACAGAAGAAGUGAUAUUCUCUCUAAUGUGCUACAAAGAUGAGGAUGAAGAGCUCUGGCAGGAGGAUCCAUAUGAAUACAUCCGCAUGAAAUUUGAUGUAUUUGAGGAUUAUGCAUCCACUACAACAGCAGCACAGAAUCUCCUUUAUACUGCUGCAAAGAAGAGAAAAGAGGUAUUACCAAAAAUGAUGGCAUAUUGCUACCAGAUUCUUACAGAGCCAAACAUUGAUCCAAGGAAAAAAGAUGGAGCUUUGCAUGUUAUAGGAUCCCUAGCAGAUAUUUUACUGAAGAAGAGUGUCUUCAAGGAUCAAAUGGAGCUGAUGUUACAGAAUCAUGUAUUUCCAUUGUUCAUGUCUAACCUGGGGUACCUCAGAGCUAGAUCCUGUUGGGUACUUCAUUCAUUCAGUGCUUUGAAAUUUCACAAUGAGCUAAACUUGAGGAAUGCAGUAGAGUUGGCAAAGAAGAGCCUGAUUGAUGAUAAGGAAAUGCCUGUCAAAGUAGAAGCAGCUAUAGCUCUUCAGACGUUAAUAAGCAACCAAGAGCAAGCCAAGGAAUAUGUGAAGCCUUAUGUAAGGCCAGUUAUGCAAGAGCUCUUGCAUAUUGUUAGAGAGACGGAAAACGAUGAUCUUACUAACGUAAUCCAGAAGAUGAUCUGUGAGUACAGUCAGGAAGUUGCUACCAUCGCCGUUGACAUGACUCAACACCUGGCUGAAAUAUUUGGUAAAGUACUUCAGAGUGAGGAAUAUGAGGAAGUAGAGGACAAAACAGUUAUGGCCAUGGGCAUCUUGCACACAAUUGACACUAUCCUGACAGUUGUGGAAGAUCACAAGGAGAUAACUCAACAGCUCGAGAGCAUUUGUUUACAGAUCAUUGGCCUCGUUUUGCAGAAACACGUUAUAGAGUUUUACGAAGAAAUUCUCUCCUUGGCCUACAGCUUGACAUGCCAGAUGAUUUCACCUCAAAUGUGGCAGCUUUUAGGUGUUUUAUAUGAAGUGUUCCAGCAGGAUUGCUUUGAGUACUUUGCAGAUAUGAUGCCUCUCUUGCAUAAUUAUGUGACCAUUGACACUGAUACUUUACUGUCUAACCCAAAGCAUUUAGAAAUUAUUUACGCCAUGUGUAAAAAGGUAUUAACAGGAGAUGCAGGAGAAGAUGCAGAGUGCCAUGCAGCCAAACUCCUAGAAGUAAUUGUUCUUCAAUGCAAAGGACGGGGUAUUGACCAGUGUAUUCCACUCUUUGUGGAGGCUGUUCUGGAGCGGUUAACUAGAGGAGUUAAAACAAGCGAGCUUCGUACCAUGUGUCUUCAGGUUGCCAUAGCCGCACUCUACUACAAUCCUGACCUACUUCUGCACACCUUAGAGAACAUCAGAUUUCCACACAAUCCUGAGCCCAUCACUGCACAGUUCAUAAACCAGUGGAUGAAUGACACAGAUUGUUUUCUUGGACUCCAUGACAGAAAGAUGUGUAUAAUAGGACUGAGCAUCCUAAUGGAAUUGCAGAACCGACCGCCUGCAGUGGAUGCUGUGGCUGCCCAGAUUGUGCCUUCAAUCCUCCUCCUCUUCCUGGGCUUAAAACAAGUUUGCGCCUCACGAGAACUCACAGAACAUGAGGAUCAUGCUAAAGACGAAAAACACGUUGCAGAAGAUAAUGAAGAGAUACCGAGUGAUGAGGAGGAGACAAAUGAAGUGAGCCAGGCGAUGCAAGAAAACCAUGGUGGAGGAGGAGGUGGUGGUGGUGGUGGAGGUGGAGAGGAAGAGGAUGAAGAUGAUGAUGAUGAUGAUGACUGGGAUGAAGAUGCAUUGGAAGAGACUGCUCUUGAAGGGUUCAGCACACCUCUUGACCUUGAAAAUGGUGUUGAUGAAUACCAGUUUUUUACACAAGCACUUUUAGCGGUGCAGAGCCGAGAUGCAGCCUGGUACCACUCACUGACAGCACCCUUGAGUGAGGAUCAGAAGAAACAGCUGCAGGAAAUUUAUACAUUAGCAGAACACCGGCGAAAUGCUGCAGAGACUAAGACAAUAGAACAACAAAGUGGCUACACAUUUGACAACAAAGGACUGAUCACAGCAUUUAACUUUGCUGGAAGUACUCCUGGUGGCAACUGAAGGAUCAACUGCAAAGGUCAAUGGGAAGGGUCUCAUCAUUACAUUUUCUUGAAAUCAUCAUGACUUCUGAGUGAUAGGGGAGGGUAAUUUAAUGCUGCUGAAAGUUUUCUGGAAAAUAGCAGUGUGCUUCCCCCACCAGAAUGCUCUUUCUAACCAGCUACUGUAAUGUACAAAUUCUUGUGGUGUUUUUAUAAUUUGAUGGACUGAAAGGAAACAUUUGUCCUCAAGGAACCUGAAUGACUGGGAGGGGCCAGGCUGCAUCUAAUUGAGUUGCACUUCUCAGGUUUUUGCUGUGCAGAAUUGAUAGAUUCAUAUGGAUAACAGUGCCUUCUGUUGUACAUGGAUUGCCUGAACAAAUGGAUUUUGGAGUGCAUUAUACUUUUUUAAGUGUAAGGACAUUUCUUGAUACACUGUAAGCCUUGGUUCCGUGUUUUCCUGUCAUCUGCUUUUUACUACUCAGUUUAAUUGUUGUUGGUUGCAUACACAUUGCUGGAUUCAGAUUAUGAUCUCAUCUUCCCUGUUUGGUGCAGACCAAAUGUGUAGAGGGAGUUGCCUGUUGGAGUUGCAAAGCAUACACUGGUUACGUCAAAGGGUCUUAACAAAUUGCAGAUUUUCCCUUGA